CCAAGGCUAUGGCAAAUCUACUAGGUAAAUAGUAGUUUGCCAUAAUAGCUUCUUAUGCUUUUUCUUUCUUUCUUUUUUGUCUUAAAUAUCAUAUUAAUAUAAACCACGGGCUCUUAAAUUAUAUCUUUUAAAUAGAAUCUUCCCAGUGGAAAAAGACUCCACGCUUUGAACUUGAUAAGCUUUGGCACGAUUAUCGUUUCGCGCGCCUCUAGUUACUAAUGUGACUGAGCGGAAUUUCCUUCCUUUUCUAAGUGGAUUAUUGAAGAGCCUUGGUUUUCUUUAACUCGUUAAUUAAACGGCAAGAUGCCCGAUUCUAAACCGAUCCCCCCAAAGAAAAGGGGGCUGGACGUGGCUUCGUCUUUCAAGCCCGCUUCGCCAAUAGCGCAGGAGAUACUGGCUAGUGAUCUGGCUGAAUGCUCCGAGGAUGAGGUAGUCGAGGAUGCCUUCGACGAUGGGACCGGGUCCGAGUCUGAAACUGAAAGUGGACCUGUCUUAUAUACACAACCUACCGGACUGGCAUUUGGGUAUAGGCGACCGAGUCUUGUAAUCGACCCGGUUAACGAGCCCGUUCUUACUAGGGUCGAAAAGAAGCAGUCUCGUGAUGCCGAACGCAGUUUGUUAAGAGAUAACCACAUCAUUCCGCCUAAACAUACCUCAGAAGGACGGCCCGGGACAUUUUCAAGGCUGUAUAAGGCCAUGUUCAACACCAAAAUUCGCAAAUUGCCAGAAGAUGAGGAAGUCCCUAGGAUCACUAUUCAGCCCUCCGAGAUCUCACCUCUAUUAGCUAGUGCUGCUGACUCGUCGGCCUCACACCAUGAGCACCUAAAUGAGCAGUGGGAUGCCGCGGUGGCGUCUGGGAUGAUAGAUACCACCUGGCAAAGGGAGGCUAAGACUAUUGCCACUUACUCGCGAUCGUUAAUCUUAACAUUUUUAUUGCAAUAUAGCAUCAAUAUCACUAGUAUUUUUGCCGUCGGACGGAUUGGAAAAGUCGAGCUGGGUGCCGUGAGCUUGGCCACCAUGACGGCGAAUAUUUGCUGUUACGCUCCGAUGCAAGGCCUAGCAACAAGUCUAGAUACUCUUUGCGCGCAGGCAUACGGAUCUGGCCAUAAACAUUUAGUAGGUCUACAGCUCCAGAGAAUGACUUACUUCCUGUGGUCGCUUGUUGUCCCUGUUGCUGUGCUAUUCUUCUUUGCCGAAGAUAUACUCCUCCAUAUUGUCCCUGAACCGCGAUCUGCCGAGCUCGCGGGUCUCUACCUUCGUGUUAUCAUCGCAGGUGUGCCCGGCUUUGUCGCAUUUGAAGGAGGCAAGCGAUUUGUCUUAUCGCAAGGUUUAUUCAUCGCAACAACUUACGUCUUGUUGAUUGCGGCCCCCUUAAACAUAUUUAUGAACUGGCUUUUCGUUUGGCACUUCGGAUUCGGAUUCGUCGGUGCGCCUAUUUCCGUUGCCAUAACGCAGACAUUAAUGCCACUUCUCCUCCUAUCCUACGUAUUGUUUGUGGACGGUUCCCAAUGCUGGGGAGGCUUUACCCGACGUGCUCUCAACAAUUGGGGUCCCAUGGUUUGGCUCGCCUUGCCCGGCAUGGUGAUGGUGAUGGCCGAAUGGCUUGCAUUUGAGAUCCUUACGUUGGCAACAAGCCAAUUUGGAACAUCCUACCUAGCGGCACAGAGUAUUUUGAUAACUCUGACGUCAACGACCUUCAACAUUCCUUUCCCCGUUUCUAUCGCUGCUUCUACGAGGAUUGCUAAUUUAAUAGGGGCUCGGUUGGUUAAUGCUGCCAAAACCUCGGCCAAAGUCGCGUUCGGAGCGGGUUGUAUUAUUGGAUUAUUCAACCUGAGCUUACUCGCGGGUCUCCGUUACCAGCUUCCCCUUCUCUUUACCCGAGAUGAAGAGGUAAUUGCUAUAGUAGCGAGAGUCAUGCCGCUUGUGGCGGUUAUGCAGGUUUUCGACGGCCUUGCAGCUGUUGCCCACGGGUUGCUUCGUGGUAUCGGGAAGCAGUCAUUUGGUGGUUACGCAAACCUGUCGAUCUAUUAUCUCCUCGCGUUGCCCAUAUCGUUUGCCACCGCUUUUGCACUUGAUUGGAAGCUUAUAGGCUUGUGGCUGGGAACUACGAUAGGAUUGGCUCUAGUUGCUGGACUGGAGUUUUGGUAUACUUGUGUCUCGGACUGGGAGCAGUCAGCUCGGGAUGCUGAGCAUAGGAAUGCAGCUGGUUAAAUAAUGUUGGGGAUGUGGCCAUAUUGUAUAUUGUAGCGUAUGUUUUCAAGUAAGGGAUAGAUGUAAUUGUGUAUGAUUUGUCGAUAUAACAGAUCCCUAAAUCUCCUUACUCCAUAUUAUCUUUCGAGUUCAUCUCUAAUUGAUAUGUAGGUAGCAGCAACACCCAUACGUACCUCAACUUUGCCUAUGUAUUGUACAUUUGAUGAUGUGGUGAAGUGAGACAUAAUGAAUUUAAUAAUCGGAGUUCGUAAAACACAUGGAUUCGCACGGUACGCAUGUUUAGACAAGUUGUUUAACCUUAAAUCAGCCAAGAAUAUAUUGAUUGGAAGGACAAGGUAAGGUGCAUCGCAUGAGUGAGGCUG